AUGCAGCGAAGCUGUCGGAGCCAGGAAUUUAAAUGGCAAUGAGUCAUAUCUUCUACACUGAUAGAAAAUGGAGUUAGCUACAACCUAGGAGUGCAAGUUGGUAAAUUUGGGAGAAAGAUAGCAAGCUUUGUAGGUGCAGUGAAUAUUGUUGAGCCUGGAGCGAUGGAUUGCAAUUCUGCACGAGCUGCUGUGCCUGGAAACCACUUGAGAUCGGUUACCAUCCUGGGAAUCGAUUGACCAAUCAGAGCACAGGGCUAAAUAAAUUAAUUGCACCUCUGACCAAUCAGCAUGGAGGAAACCGCCCCGCAAUUAUCACGUGAAGUUGGAGUCUGGCUAAAAUGGCGAAUGAUUUUCUACCCUUGAUGUUGUUGUUUUACCGACUUUUUCCUCAAAAUCUCCACAAACGGAAGGAGAAAGAGCAAAGAUUUUGCUCGAAUGUUAAAGUAUGGACUGAUCUACAAUAAACUUGUGAUUUUCUCAGCGCUUCGCGGCCCCUGUAGCUAGCAAACUGCGCACACAAAUGUGGUAGUGAGCCGAGGGCUGUUGUCUGGUGUGUCAUUCAAUCUGGCCAGGGUUGAUUAUGUAGGGGGCGACUCCCGGGCCUUUGAUCGCUCAGCUCGGCGGCCAUAGCUUCGUCCGUGGUUUUGCCAGUACCACAGGCCGCCAAACCGCCCGAAUUCAGCACGAUUUCCACAUGACCGAGGCAACUCUAGUCCAACAUGGCCCAUAGGCUGACAUUUGAUCUUGAGGGAGCAGGUGUAGCUGACAGCCUUUCAUGCAUCCAGGAGUAAUGAGGCCCCAGCUAUUAGCAUGUAUCAGGGUAAACACAUCCACUACUCGGAGGUAGACAACAAGCCGCUGUGUUCCUAUAGCCCCAAACUCUGUAAGCAGCGCAGGCUCAACGGCUACGCCUUCUGUAUCCGCCAUGUCUUGGAGGACCGCUCUGCGCCCUUCAAGCAGUGCGAGUUCGUGGCCAAGUACAACAACCAGCGUUGCACCAACCCCAUUCCUAAAAGUCAGGACAGAAACUACUGUAACAGCCACUUACAAGUAAUGGGGCUGGCUCCCAAGAAGGAACGGAGAAAAACCUCGAAAGAGAAGGUAAAAAAGGAGCCGGACAAUCUGGUGCAUGUCGGUAACUUUCCUGCCUGGGACCCUGUCAUGCCGUCAGUACCACCAAUCACCAUCAAGCAGGAGCCUCCCGACGAACCCGUGUUUCGCAAACCGGAGCCGCCCGCCAAGGGGAAAUCCGUCAAGUCGCGACUGCACAACAAAAUCACUCAAAACAGACUGAAAAAGGAGGACAUGAACUGUCAUCAGCUCCCGACUUUCUCAACUUCGCACAUGACUGUACCGCCCCCCUCCCCACACCUUUCCCUGCACCCAUUCCAUACCGGUAUGAUGCCUUUCCAUCCUUCGAUACCCCCCUCCCCCAUGUCGUACCCCCUCCCCCCACCUUAUAUCCCCCCCACUGUGCCUUUCAUGCCCACGCGGCCCAGGAAACCCAGAAAAUGCGUGCAGAAGUACCUCCACGAAGCGCGGAGGUCAGAGGUCAGGAGACUGAUGAAGUUGUUGCAAUGCAGAGAAGAGGCGAGGGGAGACCUGUUUUCAUUGAUAGAGUCAUCAGACAGCGAGGACGAGUCACAUGACUCGUUACCAUGGCAACAUUCCUGGUUCUCAGAUGAUUCUGAGGAAGAAGACUCAUCAGAUUCUGUGGAUGCGUCGCCGGUGAGACCGCGGGACAAGCGGUUAGUCACGGUGCACCGUAGCCUGUGCAGGAAGUAUGCCCAACUCCUGCAGUCCCUCAGGAGAAGUGCAGACCAACAGGCACUCAACCAGCAGGAGUCGCGGGCAGUCCUGGGGUCCUACGGCUCGGACAGGAGAGAAACUGUGGAAGUGCUAAGAGAGGAGAGCAGACACAAAGACAGUGUGGUGGUCAGACACAGCCACAGACCCACAGUAAGAAGAAGAGAUGUGGGUGUGUCCAGGGUGUGUACCGGGGACUGGGAGGGACAGAAGUGCACCAGGAGAGCCCUCCCCCUCACAAGAUUCUGUGUGCAACAUGUGGGAGUGAAUCCCGACCAGCUGCUAUACCAGAGGUGCACGGCCAGGUUUUCAGACGGGCGGCAGUGUAGCACGACUGUCUUCGACAUCGCACACGAGAGACCACUCUGUCAGGAACACGCCAGGAAAAGGGAACUCUCCCAAAAGAGAGAAGCCGACAGGAAAGCGGCAGCUGCCCUUGCUGCCCAGCAUGGGCCUCCCCCAAAGAAGCCGCGGAAGAAGAGCAAGUCCUCUCACUCCCGCUCCUCCAAGAAGAGCAAGAGUAAAAAGAAGAGGAACAGCCGGCCGCAGAAGCCAAUCCCACCGGCCAAGCCCGUGGGUAACAACGACAUCUCGCUUAGUCUGGGGAUCGAUACGUCUGCGUUAAGCCCUGCACCUGAGGGCAUUGACCCUGAUGACAUCACAGAAGACCUACAGGAACUGGACGGUCAUGACAUUGAAAAGUCCCUUGAGCUUGACAUUGAUGCCACGGACCUGAAUAUCGAUAACGUGCAGUCGGCGCUGGAAGGGACGCAUCACGCACCAGGGUUGUUAGAGUCACAUGACUUUGCCGAUGUCCUCCCAAAGUUGCCGGAGGACUUGGAAGGUUUUGACUUUUUCACAGGUAAGAACGGGGAGUUUGUUCCCACACGAGAGGAGGCUGAGGAGCUGGAGCGAGCCUUGGAGGCCGCCAACGACGUCGUGAAGAAACUCCAGUCCAACAACGAGCUGCCGAGCCUUAUCAUGCAGGGAGACGGGCAGGACAAUCACAUGACUGGUCACAUGAUCAGCCAGGGCAGCGGACUCAUGGAUCAUGGGAGUUUGUCCCAGUCUUCGCCCGCCAUGGACGUGGGGUCGCUCAUGAACAAUGACCUUGGGAAUAGCGACCUCCACAUACGGGACAGCGGUCUGAACUCGUUUGACCUGGAGAACCCCGUUUCUCUGGCGCUGGUUUCGCCCAGCCUCAGCACCAAUCAGGGCAUGUUUCCGCCGGGGCAGCUCAACAACGGAGUGCCAUCUCCAAGCGACGCCUCGCGCCGCGGGCAGGUCGACAAUCAGUCCCCCAUCAUGAUGAGCCAUAUUCCCACGUCCUCGCAGGGCAGUCCCUACAACAACGACCAAAGACUUCUGGGUAAUAACGGUCACUACGGUAACGACCUGGCCUCUCUCCCCACCAGUACGGAGGUCGGGACGCAGAGACCCCCGUGGAGCUCUCUCAGCCCGAGCGAACGUAACAUGAUACUGGGCGCGGCGGGACAGCAGAUCCUGAACACGGCGGUCGGGCAGCAGCUGGUGAACGCGGGGAUGUUUUCGCUGCCCGUGUCGUCACAGGGAAUCAGCUCCAAGUACCCGCCCGCCGUGACCUUGGGACCAACGGCCGACCCCAUGAUGCUGAAGCAGCAGCUGGAGGGCGAGCGGCUGCCGGAGCACCUGUACUCGCAGCUGCAGCAGGCGCUCAACAUGAACAUGAACAUGGCUCACAACAACGCAGAGAAAACCACGGAGCCCACAGACCCCGUCCUGAACAACUAUUCCUCCUCGGGGGUGACUUUUCCUGCCAAUGGACAAUAACGGCGUGUUGGUCGUCUGGGAGAUGGAGAUAGUACCUGGUGUAGAAGGAGACGGUUCCUGGUGGGUAGUGGACAUGAGCGCCCCCUGGCAGCAGUGGAGUACAACUGUACUUAAUCCCAUACUGGAUAUAUGGUGUCUUUCAAUGUUAACAGUCUAGUCACUGUAUAGAUUGUCUUGGUAGUUAUAGCCUACAUUUACCAAGCAUGCUGUCUACCCUGCUCACCCCCACACUUCUAGUGGAGGCUACCACACCUCAUGUUAACUCGCUGUAAUGCAGAAUCUACCAUUGGGUCAAAAAGGGGGGAAAAUUAACUGUAGUAAUUUUCAUAAACAACACUGACUUUGGCAAGGUUCAUUCUGUAACAGUAGUAGGGGUGGACAGGUUAGACUAGCAGCAGAAAUAUAAAAAAAAAGAGUAUUCUAUCUUUGAUAGGCCUUGUAUUGGGGCAUGGAUAUAUUUGAUAGCUGUACAUGUAUACCUCUCUGUCAGGGAUCUUUUCUUCCUUCCUUCCUCCUUUUUCGGACUCCUGCGACCACCGUGGUUGUUUCUAUGUGUGUACAGUGACAGAGGUCUAUUUUACUGUUAUGUGUAUAUAAUGAACCUAAUAGAAAAAUUUUAUCGCUUCAAAUGUGGUAGAAGACACAGAUGUUGUUAUAAUGUAUGUUAAACUUGUGCGCUAUUUUAAGCCACAAGCGGUCUUUGAUGACCAAUCAGCUAAUUUAUUAGAUACGGCUCAGUAAGGGGAAUAUGGGGUUGUGUUGACAUUGCUUAGUGUUGGAUGCUAUGCUUACACUUAUGUUUGUGGGCAUAAAUUUGUAUCUGUGUCUGUACAAAUAUUUUGGGCCACUACAGAAUCAGUCUUGAUACACAAAGGGCAAACAAGGAGGCUAUUUUGGUAAAAAAAAAUGAUACUAUGUAUCUACUAGUCUUUCCAGUUUCCUCUCAAAGUGGAUCCCUUUGGAUUGAUUUCCAGCUAAUCAUAUUAUUUGAUCUAUGAACGGCCAAUUUUCAAAAUUUACCAGGAAAUCAACAUGAGUAUCAUGUUAACCCCCAAGGUAGCCUCCUUGUUGUACAACCCAGCAUAGUGUUGUCAGGGACAAUACAGGUUAUAUAUGUGCUUCAAUACUGCCAUGGAACAUUUAUAAGGUUUUUCUACUAUAUCUUUGUCAAUUUUUCAACAUCACAAAGCCACGGUUCCAGAGUCAGAAUAGAAAGGUUUUCAGAUGAGCUUGAAUUUUGCCUUCUGACAUGAAAUACAGUUCUUUUGUGGUAAAAAUUUGAAUGGAAAAAUAUUCUAUUUCAGCCAAAAUACAAACAUUUUUACAAGACAAUGACUUCUAGUAGAGAAAAAGACAAAACUUGUGGAACUGGUGUUCUGUGAAUGAUACUAGAUUUCUUCGUGUUUGUGGCAGCUGUGGUAAACAAGUUCAUGUGCACAUUUUUGUUCGGUCUGUGAAUCGCUGUUGUUAUAUUAAGUUGUUUUGCUGUAGAUUUCACCUCCUCGUUUUAUUUGUUGUAGUUGCAGUAUUCUCUAAAUAAUGUCAUGUAAACAGCCCUACAUAUGGAAAUGUAUUCAAGUCAAAAUAGCAGGGAACUAGGCCGCAUAAACUAUAGAAUUUUUUUGUUACCUUAGAACCUUUGACCCCUGACCCUUGACCUUUGAUAUCACAUGACUAUACUGUCCUUGUUGCACGUGGUGGCAUCACCACAAGGAAAUGAGCAAUACAGGAUGAACAGUAAGAUUAUGGUAUGUUAAUGUUUAUUUUGCUGGUAUCCUAGGACAUGCUUUCCUAAAUCAUAAAGAAAAAUACUAUUCAGAAUGACUUUCUCGCGGGAAAGUCAUAGUCUGAUACUACGAAAGGGUUUAGCGACAGUGUAGGCGUGUAAAUUGACGCAUCGCAUUGGGUAGACGUAUCAAAAGUUUUUUAAAAACAUUCCAGCCCCUUCCUUCUAAAAAAACUUGCUGAGCUAGAUUUAUUUUGUGAAGAAAUAACAUAUCUAGUACCUUAAGGCUUUCAAGUGUUUUUGCUUGUGGGGAAAACAGCCUUAGAUACAACCGUUUUGUUCAGAAAUUGUCUCUUUAAUGGUUGAAAUUCUGGAAGCAGGGUGUACAGUGUGAAAAAGGAAAGUGGACUCUUUUCCUGUUAUCACAGAACACCCCAUGAUUGAGACAUUAUCAAACUCUUAACUUAAGGCUUCAGGGAGAUGGUUGGAAAAAAAUGUUGAUUUUUGCCAGCCUGUAGGAUUUGCUUCAUCUUGUUGCACAUAUAUUGUUAUGUCAACCACAUAGCGUCUAGUUACCGUGGAACAGGCUAUGUGGCCCUGAUGCUUGCAAAUCCAUGGCAUCUAGGACAAAAGUCAACAAAUUCCAAGAAACUCUCAAAUUGUACAAGCUCUGCUGAUGAAAACCUGGGGACAAUUUUUCUGGUAAAAGACAUGGAUGAACUUGUUCUGAUAGGGCUUGUACUUAGGUGGUCCAUUGGUAUUGUGCACCGUGGUUCUGUCUUUAUAAACACUCUCCAUGCAAUAAAAUCUAUUUU